AAAAAAACCAAAAAAAAAAAAAAAAAAACUUGCUCUCCGCCCCUGCGUCGGUUGCACGUCGCCACCUGCUGGCCAACGCGGGGAGCGUCGUAAAUAAACAACGUGAUAUUUGUUUCCGCGCCUUCUGUAAAACAACGCUAGCUACCGACGCGUCAGAUCGACUCAACGUACGUGUCGAUUUGCAUAAGUGUCGCGCGAGCGCGCGCGCGCGACUCUUUAUUCUCCCUAUUCAGGUGAUUGCAAAACAAGUCGCGAGUACCAAGUCAGGUGACGGCGGAAAAGCCCUCUUGCGAGUGACAGCCUUUCGCGGCGAACCGUCGUCCGACCGCUAUCUAGUGUGAGCCAAUCAGAAGGAAGGGGGCGGGCUCUAAAGCCGGAUUUUUUUUCCUCGCGCAGGAGAGGAAGCCCGUCGGAAACGUGCGGGGGCCACGCUCCGUGUCCACCGCCGCCACUACCGGAGGCUUCCCGGAGCCGUCUCGUCGUCUGAUUCCCCGGCACGACGGCACGUUUCUCUCGCCCCGAACGCCGCCAAGCACGGCCGUGUGCACUACCGAGCGGAGGGGGGGGUGGGGAGGAUAAAGGGGGUCAACAUGUCUAUCCAGUACGAGGUGGAGCCGCUGGACAGCUACGGGGUGGCGGACUCGUUCCCCAAAGACUUCGGCUACGGGGAGGAGGAGGAGGAGGAGGCCGACAUGGAGGACAGCCCGGCCCCGUCCGACACCAAGCCCCGGAUCCUGCUGAUGGGCUUGCGACGAAGUGGCAAAUCUUCCAUCCAAAAGGUGGUUUUCCAUAAAAUGUCCCCCAACGAGACCCUGUUCCUGGAGAGCACCAACAAGAUUUACAAAGACGACAUCUCCAGCAGCUCUUUUGUCAACUUCCAGAUAUGGGACUUCCCGGGCCAAGUGGACUUCUUCGACCCAACGUUUGACUACGAGAUGAUCUUCAGGGGAACCGGGGCCUUGAUAUUUGUCAUUGAUGCUCAGGAUGAUUAUGUUGAAGCCUUGGGCAGGCUCCACCUCACUGUGUCACGGGCCUACAGGGUCAACCCAGACAUCAACUUUGAGGUGUUCAUCCACAAAGUGGACGGCCUCUCAGAUGACCACAAGAUUGAGACCCAGAGAGACAUCCACCAGAGAGCCAAUGAUGACCUGGCAGAUGCUAGCUUAGAGAAGCUACAUCUUAGCUUUUACUUAACGAGUAUCUAUGACCACUCCAUCUUCGAGGCCUUCAGCAAAGUGGUCCAGAAGCUCAUCCCUCAGCUCCCGACCCUGGAGAACCUUCUAAACAUCUUCAUUUCUAACUCGGGGAUAGAGAAGGCAUUUCUGUUUGAUGUAGUCAGCAAGAUCUACAUCGCCACAGACAGCUCGCCCGUGGACAUGCAGUCCUAUGAGCUGUGCUGCGACAUGAUUGACGUGGUCAUUGAUGUCUCCUGCAUCUACGGUCUGAAAGAGGACGGCAGCGGGAGUGCCUACGAUAAGGAGUCCAUGGCCAUCAUCAAGCUCAACAACACCACUGUGCUCUACCUGAAAGAGGUCACCAAGUUCCUGGCCCUCGUCUGCAUCCUCCGAGAAGAAAGCUUCGAGCGUAAAGGCUUGAUAGACUACAACUUCCACUGUUUCCGCAAGGCCAUCCAUGAAGUGUUCGAGGUGGGUGUCUCCACCCAGCGCCCGGUGUGCCCCCAGGCGGCUGGCACGCCCUGCACCAAGACUGUGGCACUAAACGGCACACCGCGCAACACUGUCUAGACACCAGAAAACAAGAGAGGGGAGGAAGAGGGUAGAGGAGACGAUGUAUGGAGAAGGGGGGCCAAGGAGCCUGUGGGAGAAAGACUGGACUGUGGCUCGGCAGCGUACCAAUUACAAUCCCUUGCUCCCAGCCGCUGAGGUACCGAGAGAUGGCUGGAGCCGAGGGAGAGCGGGAACAAGUCCCGGAGCGGAGACGGGGCGGGUACUAUCCAGCUAGGAUGGAAGGGAAAUUCGAGCAUCCGUUUCAGGAGAACGCUGAGAGGCAUUCGAGGCACAACGGACGCCACACUGUGACGGUGCACCUUGGACUAGUGCACACACGUGAGUUGGUAAAGGUGACCCGGGGCGUUCCUUCGCUUUCAUAUCGUGUCCACAGGAAGUGGCGAUGGCUGUGCCAACGAGCUGCUGGUCCUUUCUAUGUGAACUAUGAAUUAAAUGAUUUUAACUCCUCGUUGCAGACGAGCCGUAAUGUCUGCGGGUAUGAGUAUAGUCGUGUAUGCUGCCCCCUCCACCCACCCACCCACCCACCCGCCCACACCUCCUACGCUGGUGACAAGACGGCAGAUAAUUUCCUUGUCAAAAAAUAUAUAUAAUAAAAAACAGCCUACAAGUUCAGAGAUGGCCUUAAGCAGAUGAAGCUUGCCUUACGUGCAAGUUUUCUCUGACCACCACUCACCUCACCUGAAUGCUGCCCAAACCUCCCUUUUCCCGGUUCCACCUCUGAAGGGAAGACAAGGUUCCUCGCGCCGAGGAAAAAGGGAUUGUGGUGUCCGUCUGUGAGGCUUUGUGCGUGCGUAUGGAUGUGUGCUUGUGUGUGUGUGUGUGUGUCAUGGGAAGGAAAGGUUUUGAUGACAGAUUGCCGGACUGCGCUCAUCCAUACAUAAAGUUUAAGGACCCCUGUGAGAACACCGUAGGAUGUUGUCCGACUUCUGCAGGAAGUCGAAUAAUAUGGAGCGAUGCCCCGUAGUUUGAGCAGAGUAGCUUUCCAAACAGCGUCCGGCUUAAAAUCAGACUUGGUGAUUCAACGUAAAGCCGGUAGUUUGACUCGAAAUCUCCACAAAUCUCUAUUCCUUGCCAAAAUUAAUUGCAUAAAUAAAAGAAAUGGCAAAAAAAAACUCAAAUUUGUGAUCAGUGUUUGGUUUGUUGCAGGCUUGCAGUCAUGAUUUUGUCCUGUAAUGAAGUGAACGUAGUUGUGUUACUGGAGUCAGACGGUGCAGGACAGGGUCUCCCCUCCUGGUUCUGUAGUCUGGAUGCAAUUUUCUGAUGUGAUUGAAGUGGAGGGGAAAAAAAAGCUUUUUUUGCCACCUGCCGUCUCGGUCCUGCUGAACGUGAUUAACUUUAUCUUCUGCGUUUGGUGUGGCGCCCAACGCCAAACGCCAGAACCUGUAAGAGUACAACACUCAGCAGCAUCCAGGGCCCAUUCCAAGCAUGUGUGCGUUGAUGUGCUGUCCGGCUGUUGUUCUCCACCAUAACCUUGCUCACUAUAUUCAAGAGAGAGAAGUGGAAGCCGACUAACCGAGGAACUGGAACACGGGGACGAGGAGACCACAUCUCAUUCAGGACUACCGCCACUUGCAGUAACACGAGACAUGUUCAAUGCCUGCUGUUUUCAUGAGUUGGUUUUUUUUAACAGGAAGCAGAUUUGAGGGACUUGGACUUCAUCUGAAGGUCUGGGUCCCGUCGACCCCAGGCCGCUAUCAGUCACACGGAAAUAAGCACCUGCACAUCAGAACCAUAAUGGAUGAUUGACUGAUGUAAUAUGACUCAAUACUGUGUGAAAUAA